GGAAGGACCAUGGGAGUUCAUCCGAAUUCAUGCGGGGUUCACUGUCCUUUUUUUAAUUCUUUGCAAGAAGUGAUUGAUGGAUGCUUUUUCGGUCAAAAAGCUAGGCUUUGGAGUUUCCAUGGAGCUCUUUCGAGCCGCCCGGACCCAGCCGCAGCCACGCAGCUCGAACCUCCGCCGAGCCACGUCGAGCACCGCGUGUGACACGCGUCUUCGCGUGUCGCCAUGGCCGGAACGCGACGCCUACAGACGGAAGAGGGGGACCCCUGGUUCGCGCUCUUGUUGACCUGCUGCGCUGGACUGGCCACCACCAUUGGCGCAGCGAUGGCCUUUUGCGUGAACACCAACGACAACCGGGUCUUUGCCGUGUGCCUGGCGCUCUCGGCAGGAGUCAUGACCUACGUGUCCUUCUGCGAGAUCCUCUUCAAAGCCAGUGACAGCUUUGCAGAAGCCGGCUUUGGCGAGGAGGACUCUUUUUCGUUGGCCACCCUCGUCUUCUUCUGUGGACUGUUGGCGUCGAUCCUCUUCGAGAUGAUUGCCAUGUUCUUCUUCAGACGCCAUCAUAUGGAGCACAAGAGCUUUGAGCACGGUUCGGCCGCGGAUGUGGCUGCAGCACACCGAGAUCCGGACUACCUGGAUGUGGCCAUCUCUCCGGAUGAGGGACCCAAAGGCAAGAGCAACGAGGCGCAGGAGGCUGCGCCUGCGGAUGUGGAGGUGGCCGUGGCCCAGGGCAGUGACAAGCCGCUGAGUGGUAUGGAGCGCGUGAACAUGCUUCAGAUGGCGGCCUUUUCAGGCGUCGCCAUUGCCUUGCACAACUUUCCGGAAGGCCUGGCGACCUUCGUAGCCACGCUGGCGGAUCCGGGCUUCGGCGUGCCCAUGGCCUUCGCCAUCGCCAUCCACAACGUCCCCGAAGGCUUGGCGGUGGCGGCGCCGAUUUUGAAGGCCACGAACAGCAAAUGUAAAGCCUUCGCUUGGGCCUUCCUCUCCGGCAUGUCCGAGCCGCUGGGCGGUUUGUUGGCCUGGCUGGUCCUCAAAGAGAUUGUGGGACCAGUGACCUUCGCCAUCCUCUUUGGCAUCAUCGGCGGCGUGAUGAUCCACAUCUCUUUUAAGAAGCUCUUGCCCUCUGCCUUGCGCUAUGACCCGGAGAACCGCUACACGGCCUGCUCCUUCUUCUUGGGGAUGGGCAUUAUGGCCGCGUCCUUGGUGAUUUUCCAAUACUGAGCGCAGCGAGCGCAGCCAGCUCCGCCAGCUGACCCGCAGGAACCUGACAAGAAGCAUCCCUCAAGACGGUCGUCGUCGAGGAAUCGACGCGACGCAGGGCGCCGUGCAAAAAGCGCUGAACUCGUUGGUAGGAUCAGGUCCUGCCCUUUUUGCCUAGGGCGUCACUGAAAGGCCGCCACCGCUGCCGCUGCCGGCGGUGCGAGGGGAAGCUGCGAUGCUUCACAAAGAAAAGGAG